GCAUUCUCACCGCUUCCCAUUCUCUGUCUCUCCUCUUUCCUUCCCACUUCUUGGGAACUGGCUGUACAAAUGCAGGGCUGCAUUUGGCCCUAGAGGACCUGCGGACUCAGCGGAGGAGGGCGGAGGCGGCGGGCGGGGGCAGCACGGCGGCGGUGACAGCGCGCAGCCCAGCCGCGCCGCGCCGCUGGAAGCCCAUGCCCGGCCCGAGCCGCCCGGGGGUUGCUCAUGAGGCCGCUGCCGAGCGGGAGUAGGAAGAACCGCGGCUUAUCCCUGGGGCUCCUCGCCCUCUGCCUGGCUGCCGCGCGGUGUCUGCAAAGUCAGGGCGUGUCACUGUACAUCCCCCAGUCCACCAUCAAUGCCACGGUGGAGGAAGACAUCCUGCUCUCGGUUGAGUACUUCUGCCACGGCGUCCCCACCAUCGAGUGGAAGUAUACGUCCAACUGGGGAGCGCAGAAGAUCGUGGAGUGGCAGCCAGGGACUCAGGCCAACAUCUCCCAAAGCCACAAGGACAGACUCUGCACCUUCGACAAUGGCUCCAUCCAGCUCUUCAGUGUGAGCGUGAGGGAUUCCGGCUACUAUGUCAUCACGGUGACGGAGCGCCUGGGGAGAAGCCAGUUUGGCACCAUCGUGCUGCACGUGUCGGAGAUCCUCUAUGAAGACCUCCACUUUGUUGCUGUCUUCCUUGCUUUUCUCACUGCGGUGGCCGCACUGUUAAUCAGCCUCAUGUGGGUGUGUAAUAAGUGUGCAUAUAAAUUCCAGAGGAAGAGAAGACACAAACUCAAAGGUAAAACUCUGGGCCCUGCGAUCAUCCAUCACGCCUUCAUGGCUGAGGUGGUGCCCGUUAGCCUGGUCUCCCCAAGAAACCACCCGUGGCCGAUCCACACCUGACGGGCCUGUCUUUUGCUUUGCAGAGAGCACCACUGAGGAGAUGGAACUGCAAGAUGUUGAGUGUUAGCCAAGGCUGCACCCAGUUACAUUCCUACCUCAAGAGGAAAAUGUUAUUUUUCCAACAAAAGGAGCAAACCUGGCCGAUCCACCCUCAGAGCCUCCCGUUGCCCGGCCUGGGCCAGUCAUUCCUGAAGGCACUGCGGAUGUGAGCAAAAUCGACUGGAGUUGAGGACUCUUGCUCCCCACACUCUGGGGCCGAGGCCAGAGCGUGUCCAGACUGAGCGUGCAGCCAGCCCUGGACAGGCUCUCCAUGUCCUUUCCCUCUGCUGUGGGAGCUGCUGGGAGAAGUUCGACAGGCCGCCUGCCAAGCAGAGGUGGAGGCCGCGAGCCUGCUGUGGGGCCCUAAUGAGGUGCUCAGAGCAGGGCCAGGCCCUGGGCCGGAAGCUUUAGGGAGGGGAGCUUCACUCGUGCCCGUGGGACCAGCACUGGAAACAGGAAUAGGGAGAUCACCUUUCUCUUCCUCUCUUAUUCCAGCGUUAAUCAGAUUUUCCCUCCAUGGCCCCAACUUAGGCCAGUGUGAGGAACCCACAUGUUCAUCGCCACUGGGGGCAGCAGCUGGGGUCCAGAUGGCUCCCUGACAGGCUGGGUAAUGGUACCUGUGUGAAAGCGAGCCUGCGUGGGGUAUGACCAUGCACGGUGGUAUGACCAGGACGUUAGCUUGGGCUUCAGGUCUCUGCAGCCCCCUCCCCCUGUCACCAAUGCUUUGUCUCAAGUCAGGCCCUCGUGCUCUCCCAAGUGGGCUUAGGAACGCUUGGCCCUCACCUACCUCAUAGGGUAUCAUGGGAAGCCCACGAAUGCAUAGAGCUCCCCAAGCAGUUGAAGAAAAGCAUGAGGAUUCUUCAAGGAUCUGGAAAGCAGUAAGUCCUCUACGGAGCGCUACCAAGUGAGAAAACGCUGUGGGGUCUUGGGGCUUCAGGCGAAAUGAGGGCCUGGAUCACAACUGGCCUCGGCUCUCAUUCUCUUGGCUUGUUAGUCACCAUGUUUACCUGAAAGUGUCUCCAUCGCAUCUUCCAUUUGGUAAGCUCUAAAGCAGGCAUGAAUUUAUUUUCCAUUCUCCUUUCUCUCUCCAACAUUCUUAGCUACAGACUAAAGGCACCACCCCAGUUACGGUGGAGGCCGAGGUCAGGAGCUAAGUCCCCAGCCUCCACCUGCAAAUUCACCCAUGCAGACAUGAAGGAGAGCUAGAACAUUCCCUCCUCUUUUCCUUAAGUCCCCAGUGUCUACAUCUGUUCUACUUGCCAUGUGGCAAAUGAGAAGUUGCCUGGAGAAGUUGCUAAGAGGCCUUUCUCUAAAUAAUCCAAGGUUACAAGGAGAGAUCUGGAGCAGUUGGACAGGAGCUCUGUGACCUUCCAAAAGGACUCUAAAGGCACUACUUGAUUCAAAAGGCAAGAGAGCAAUUGGUCCACACAACUGAUUGGUAGCUGGAGCGCCUGCCACAGAGAAGAUUCUCAACCUCGGGCCACUUCCUGUAUACGCACGUGUCCUUUCCCCAGGCAGCAGUCGGAGGAGCCAGGCCCCAGUGCCACGAGGAAGCAGGGUGGGAGUACCAGAACAAAGAGAGGGUCAAGGGACAUCUGAUCAGUUCUUUCUUUCACACAGAAGGCCCACUGGCAGGAAACGGAUUGGAUCAGGAUGGCUGCUGGAGUCCGUGUGUCCUCCUUUAUACUCCCUACUUUCCAGAACUGAACUUCUCAGCUUGUCAGAAGUCAGGGGUGGUCAUCUUCAGAAUAAAAGGUGAAAUGGAGGGGCGCCUGGCUGGCUCAGGAGGUAGAGCACACGACUCUUGAUCUCGGGGUUGUAAGUUCGAGCCCCAUGUUGGGUGUAGAGAUUACUUAAAAAUAAAAUCUUGAAAAAGGAAUGGCAAAGCAUACCUAAGGAGAGGCCUCCAUGGACAAAACCAAAUGUAAAAUAAACUGCCCCCCAAAACUCAUGAAAAGUUAGCCCACCUGGCUUUCCAUUUCUUUAUUUUGCACUUUUAAAGCUCCCUCCAUCCUGAACAUUCUUGUGGAAAGUGUUCAUUCCAGAGCCUGAAGUUGGUUUUUUUUUUUUUUUUGGUCUAUUUUCCAAAAAAGAAAAUAUUAUGUUCUAGAGGGUAGCCACUGGAAAUGUUAAGCUAUAAGUUAUGUUUUAAGCUGUGGAAAAAUAUUAAAGAAUGAAAUAAAGCCUGGAAAUAAAGGCCGGGUGCUUUGUGUGUGAGCCCACUCCUGCCAAGCACUCAGAGGCCCUGGGGGAGGUUUCCAUCGGCUGUGGGCAUAAGCAUACUCCUCGGCCUCUGCCAUGGGGCUGGCAUGUUUUUUAAAUGAUCAGGGAAUAAUGACAUUGAUUCUAACUGUAAACAUUCUUUAGCAGUCCUGAAAAACAAUCCCUAAUCAGCCCAUCGUUCAGCCCUGCGUCUUCCCAGAACACUAAUUUGAAGUUUUUACUUCCAGAAUAUUAAUCGUAAUUCAAUAGAGUCCUUUCUGCUUCUGGAAAGGGCUGAAAUAAAGAUGUGGCCCGUGUUACCAUCUCGUUCAACAGCAGGUAAGAUGCAGGACAGAACGUUCAUGCUCUGCCAACAGAACAUCCUCUCAGAUUGCGAUCUAAGAAAUUAAAAAGGUAUAUACUGUACUUUCUCAUUUCCUGGUGUCUUGGGCAUGGAACGAGGGCGGAAUGCCCCAGGGGGCGGCCCUCACAGCUCGCUGGGCUCACUCGGGAGUGAGGCAGCGCGGGAGAACCGAGCGAUCGGGUGUGUGCCCAGGGCAGGAGGCUGCUGUGAAACCCCAGGGCCUGGGGGCAGGGGAACGUCCUCUUUCUCAUCGGUUUCCUAUCCCAGCCCAGGUGGCCACUGGCCAGGAAGCAGGAGACACCUCUGGUUUAGGGAGCGGAGCCAGCCCUGUGGCUACUGUUGAUGCAUCUGUCCACGAACACAACUUCCCUUGGCCCUGGUGCCUUUCCAGCCCGAUACGUGCUGUUCCAUGCUCGACUUCCAUGGCCCUUUAAAAAUUGGGUGGGCGUUUUAGCUUGGUUUAAUUGCAAAGGUGAGAAAUCCUCCUUUAUUAUUUUUUAAAGAUUUUAUUUGAGAGAGCAUGCAUGUGCGAGUACAAGGGGGUAUGGGGGUGCAGACUCCCCACUGAGCAGGGAGCCCCACCUGGGACUCAAUCCCGGGACCCUGAGAUCAUGACCUGAGCCAAAGUCAGACACUUAACUGACAGAACC